AUGGCCAGUCCUGGUGUGAACAGAGGUCAUCCAGACAGCGCCCUAGGUGCUCCCUCAGACUCGGAGACGGGCCUUCAUUCUGCUGCCGAGCGCGUCCUUGGAACACCGGAGUUGCUCAGAGCGAUACACGAGGUGUUCCAGAUUGGAUGGGUCUCAGACGAGGAACGCGAGAGAGACGCCCUUGUGCGGAACGCGAAAAGGGUAGACCUAGCAUCGUGCGCGCGAGUCUCUCGCCGUUUCUCUGAGCACGCGCUCGACGUCUUGUGGAGGACCCUCGACACAACUCUCCCAUUGCUCAGGGUCUUGCCGCCGUUCUACCUCAUAGAAGGCUACACAUGGGCAUUAGCCCGGGAGAUCACCACCGCGGAAUGGGCACGCUUUCAGACGUAUGCUCUCCGGGUCCGUGGGUUGCGGUUUGAGCUACCGCGCGUCGAUCCUUUAAUCUGGACGCUGCUCGCCCGACACUACCAUAGCCGACCCAUCCUCCCGAACCUCAGGGUCAUCUCAACUAUGGAACUUACCACCGAGCACGUCAGCGCCAUGGUCCAAUUCCUCUCUCCUGGUCUUUGUGCAGCAUCCAUAUCCUUUGAGGCACCCCUGGCACACACUACUUUCUCUACCCCUCUCCCAGUGGUCGGCAAUGCAUCAGGGCUUCUGUUCAAAGCCCUCUCUGACAUUGCGCCCCGUCUCACUACACUCCAUUGGAGUGCCCCGGCGUCCCUGGCCAUGCGCCACUCGGGGUACAUGCUUGACAUAAACCGCUUCGAGAGGUUGACGUCCUUUACAGGCGGCGAUUUCGUCGUCGGUCUCUCUCUCGUUCUCGGACUGUCCACCAUCAAGUCGCUAUCACAUCUAUCGCUCUCCAUACAUUUUUCGGAUGCGGAAUACGCCACACUCCCCGAUGGUCUCGACCCCUUGGCGGCCUUCCAAAAACUACGCACCCUCAACUUGGGUGGUCGAGCGCGAGACAUAGUCAGGAUGAUGUCUUGUAUGCGCCCAGCAUCACUCGAGGAGCUUGCGCUCAACCUCGGCACAGUCCCUAUCACGAUCGCAACCCCCGGCGCGCUCCUCUCCGAACUCUGUCAACAUCUCCCACAGUCGCUGGUCAGCGUCACGCUCGCAAGCAUCUCCGUCACAUCGCCUACAGCCGAUUCCGGGUUCGAGCUCCACGACUAUAUAAACCCCCUCCUGUCCUUCAGGAACCUACUGCACUUCGGGCUCACACACGAAGAUCCCAUGCUGCAGACGACGGACCUUGGGCUGUCUCUGCUCGCCGAGGCCUGGCCAAAGCUCCAGUCCAUGCGAAUAGACCUGCCACACACUGCCGCGGCUCGCACGGCCAGACCCACGGUGUGCGCGCUGGUCGCGUUUGCGCAACGGUGCCCGGAGCUGUACAGUUUGAGCCUGUGCGGCCUCGAUGCCCGGUCGCUGCCGCCCGAUGCGUCCGUCCCGGUCUUGAACCAUCCGUUAGAGCACAUUUGCUUGAAGCUGCUGGCCUUCGACGCCGGGAACGACGAGCAGGCCGUGCGUUUCGCAAUCACGCUCGACCAGAUGUUCCCUCGCCUCGUCGACGUUUACAUCUCCGACAACGUGCAGAAUACGUAUCAGCGACACCCUGGGCCCACUUCCAGUCGGUUGGUGCAGCAGUUCUUGAAGGCUAUACGAAGCGGCCGCAAGCACGACAGAAUGCUCAGGGAACGGAGUACCUCCCUGCUGGGCUUGGGGCCUGGACCCACGGUCGAAGAUGGAAGUGAACCGGGGGGAUCGUCAUAUGCAUCUUAG